AUGUUAACACAAGUCAUUGGCGCUGGGGUUAAUAUCUUAUACAAGGUGUCUUAUAACGUCGGUUUUAGUUUACGAAUUUUGGUGGUAUAUCAAUUCAUCGUCGCCACAAUAUGUAUACUCCCCUUUGCAUUGAUAGUUGACAGGAGUACAAGGCCCGCAUUGACAUGGAGGAUAGCUGGUUUAGGCAUCUUAGCUGGAGUUUUUGGGGGAGCACUAGGGCAGAAUAUAUUUGCAGCCAGCUUUGCUUUUGCUUCUGUGACAUACUUGGCAGCAAUUUCAAAUCUAUCUCUUGCCGUCACUUACAUGCUGGCAAUCGUUUUCAGGAUGGAGACUUUCACUUUAGCCACUUGGCCUGGUAAGUUUAAGUUGAUUGGCACCGUCAUUAGCAUCACAGGUGCCAUGAUUAUUAGCUUCUACAGUGGACCAAACAUCCAUCUAUGGUCCACUUCUGUGGAUUUAUUACAGCAUCAUGGGAUAGCAGCUUUAACCCAAGUGCAAAGGCCAGUAUAUGGGAUCAUGUUAGCUUUCAGCAGUUGUGUUUGUUUUGCGAUCUUUCUUACCAUAUUGACGAUGAUGAGCAGGACAUACUCCUACCCAGUUUUCUCUUCUUUAUUGUUUAUGUGUAGUAGUAGCACUGUACUCUCCACUAUAUAUGCUAUCUCUAUAGAGAGGGAUUGGUCUGCUUGGUACUUGGCGCAGGAUGCUAGCGCCAUAACUUACUCGGGCAUCCUUGCAUCUGGAUUGUCAGUAAUGCUUGCAACAUGGUGCGCACGACAACAAGGACCAGUUUUUGUCUUCGCGACUUCUCCUUUAGCCCUCAUCUUUACAGCACUCAUGGGCCCUACUUUACUACACGAGGAGAUUCACCUAGGGAGCGUUAUAGGUGGAUUACUAAUUAUUAUUGGAACAUAUGCCACGUUGUGGGGGAAGAGUGCUGAGACACAGUCGAGAAGAGAUGAUCUUGCAAUCCAGAUUGUUCAAGUACAAUCAAGAAGAGAUGAUCCUGAUAUCGAGAGUGUUGAGACACAAUUAAGAAGAGAUCAUCCUGAUCUUGAGCGCGUUGAGAUACAGUUAAGUGAAGAAGAUCUUGAUCUUGAGGCAAAUGAUGGAGCGACGAUAUUGGAGCAAAUCGAUGUUGACAAUCAAAUUGCCAAAUUGAUGGUUGAACUAUCCCGAAGUCCAGAUUAUGAAAUUGGUGAUGGGACGAUUGGUGUUGUUGUCAUGGCUGGAUACUUUUAG